AUUACGUAUCUGUCAAAGUUCGUGCUUUGGCCUGCGUUCAUCAUAUCAGCGAUUAUUAUUUUAAUUGAUUUACGAAGCUUUAUACGUCAACAUUAUUUUUAAUUAAACGUAUAUCUUGCGUUUUUGAAACCUUAUGCUGUUAAGAAUUCACGGUUUCUGUUUUCGGAUUUCUGUUUGUAUAAAAUAAAGAAACAGUUGAAGUGAAAAAUGCCAGGCAUUGCAACUAUGUCUUUAGAUAAUAUGUUUUGCACCCGUUGUGGUGAUGGCUUUGAACCAAAUGAAAAGAUUGUUAAUUCAAAUGGAGAACUAUGGCAUACAAAUUGUUUUGUAUGUGCCCAGUGCUUCAGAGUAUUUCCUGAAGGAAUAUUUUAUGAGUUUGAAGGACGAAAAUAUUGUGAAAGAGACUUUCAGGUUCUGUUUGCACCAUGCUGUGGGAAAUGUAAUGAGUUCAUAAUUGGGCGUGUCAUCAAAGCUAUGAAUGCUAAUUGGCAUCCAGCUUGUUUCCGAUGUGAGGAGUGCAAUGUAGAGCUUGCAGAUGCUGGUUUCAUCAAGCAUGCAGGCCGUGCUCUCUGCCAUGGCUGUAAUGCCAGAAUCAAAGCUGAUGGUCUUCAGAACUACAUGUGUCAUAAAUGCCAUGGUGUGAUUGACGGGGAGCCUCUGCGUUACCGCGGCGAGGUUUACCACGGGUAUCACUUUACUUGCGCUACUUGCGGCGUCGAAUUGGAUCACACCGCACGCGAAGUCAAGAAUCGGCCGGGUUAUGCUGCCAACGACGUGAAUAAUCUGUUCUGCUUGAGAUGCCACGAUAAAAUGGGCAUUCCCAUCUGCGGUGCCUGUCGUAGGCCCAUUGAAGAGAGGAUCGUUACUGCUCUCGGGAAACACUGGCACGUUGAACAUUUUGUCUGCGCCAAAUGCGAGAAACCAUUUCAUGGACACCGCCACUACGAGAAGAAAGGCCUAGCGUACUGUGAACAACAUUACCACCAGCUGUUCGGAAACCUAUGCUAUGUGUGCAAUCAAGUUAUUGCUGGGGAUGUAUUCACGGCCCUGAACAAGGCGUGGUGUGUGCACCACUUCGCGUGCUCCGUAUGCGACGCGCCGCUGAGCACGCGCAGCAAGUUCUACGAGUACGACGAGAGGCCCGCGUGCCGCCGCUGCUACGACAAGUUCCCCGUGGAGCUCAGGAAGCGGCUGAGGCGCGCGCACAACUACACCGUGCGAAGAAACUAGAUUAUUAGUCAGUGCCCGUCCACAUCUCCCAAGUCACGACGUCGCACAGUGAGCGGAAACGAUCAAAACUACGCGCGAGGCAGUAAAUCUAAUCCAAAUUAAAUAUUUUUUUAAUGCUCGUAAUAGGGAUGAUGACAAUUUUUUUUCUUCGUUUCACAGGUAGAUUAUAAAAAAGUAUUGGACACGUAUUUUUUUCUUUUUCACAUAAUAUAAACAUUGCAGAGAUAUAUUGAUUUGAAAAGUCGCAUGACGUCACGUUUUGAUACACUUUUAAGUGAAAAUUCACUAAAAAGUGACGUCACGAGCCCCUACUCCCAAACUUUGACGCGCUAUAACUUUGUCAUUUUUGGUUGAUUACCCAAAGAAAUAACUUCAAAAAUACGUGUCCAUUAUCUUUUGAUCAUCUAACUGACGGACUAAAUAGAAUUUCGUUUACUGUACCCCGUCAUUACUUAUAUUUUACUACCCCUAUUAUUUAUAUUUUAUACACAGGC